UAUUUGAUGCAAUUAGGCUUUCAGCGAUCGUGUACGUACACGCACGUUUCACUCACACUUUUACUCGGUUUGUUUGCAACCACGAGCAGCUGUCACGGCAAAAUCAAAUGGGAUUGUUUGCAACCACGAACCUGCGUUCGUGUUGAUGAGAAAUGUCGGCGAGACCCUAAUGUAUGGUGGGUGGUGAGGUGGUAAGGUUGACGGAGUAAACCGAGUGAACAGACUGUCACUUAUAUAACUCUCAGCCAGCUCAAACUCAAAACAAAUUUUGUUUUAUUGUGGUUGACACAACAGUUAGUAUCUAAUGCGACCUUAUUUUUUAUUAUAAAAUCAAUAACAAAUCAUUACAUCCCUAAAUUAUUUUAACAUAUUUUUCCAUGUCGCAUUAUAUUCGGGAAUCAGCUGAAAUGGACCAAACAAUAGAACAGACUUUUGAAGUUAAACAAGAACCCGUCGAAAAUAAUUAUUCGAGUGCAAUAUCUGAAGACGUAUGCCUGCUGAACCAAUUUUGUCGACUUUGUUUACAAAACAGUUCAGUAUCAUUCAAUCUAGAACUAACAAUCCGUCAAAUGUUUCAGUCGGUAACCGGCCUGGAAUUAGUCGUAGAGGAUAAACUGCCUACGAAAGUAUGUCAAUCUUGUAAGAAUUCACUGGAAACCGCUUACAACAUCCGCCAAUGCUUCAUAGAAAGCUAUCGAAAACUACAAAGCUUUAGCUAUGUAAAAACUCGAACAAUGAUUGACCAAUUGUUGGAAUAUCAGCAAGAGGCUGAAUUGGUUUUGGAAAAACAACCGGUAACUGAUACUGUUUAUUGUCCACCUGUUGAGGAUGGCCACAUAAAGCAGGAGCCAGAACUCGAUUUAGAGCCGGAAGCGCCACCGGACCCAGAACCCACCAAAUCUCGGAAGAGGAAUCGCUAUAACCGCAAAAUCAAACAAGCAAAGCUUGAUCCUAACAAGUGCUACAUUUGCCAGGAAACAUUCGAAAAUGCCCAAAGUCUAGAGGUUCAUCUUCCGGCACACGUCGAAAUGAUUCCGUAUCAUUGCGAGGAAUGUGGAAACGGAAGUGACCAACCGGUUAAAAUCACUUCGCUUAUUGUGCUACACAAACACUUCCGGAUGCAUGCCAGUGCAAUUAAGUGCACCAAAUGUCCGUUUAGGUCAUGUACGAUGGUCGCCAUGUACGGUCACAUGCAGAUCUACCAUGGCGAAAACAGUGACACCGAAUAUACAUGCGAGACCUGCGGCGUCAAACUGGUCAACAAAGCAACGUUGGACCGGCAUAUGCGCUUCCACAAGGCACGAGACGAGGGGCGGUACACGUGCUUGAUGUGUGAUAAAAAGUUCGCCACCAAAACGCAUCUGAUUCGCCACGAAAGGAGUCACACCAACGAGCGACCUUUCAAGUGCCAUUUUUGCCCUAAUAGUUACAAAACGCAGAGUGUCCGCAACCGACACGAACGCACUCACACGGGUGAGAAAGGUUUCGGCUGUGAUAUAUGUGGCAAGCGCUACCGGCUCCAAUCUGUGCUCAAAUCGCACAUUGCUUCGAUUCACGAGGAACCUAAAAUACCGGAAGGUCCACUACCGAUUCUAUCGUGCGAUGUGGAGGGGUGUUCCUACACUACCACCAAAAAAGGAGCGUUUUACAAUCACAAGGCGAUCCACCAGCUCAAGUUCCAGUGUUUGCUUUGCCCGAAACGGUUUGCCACGGGACAGCGGCUGGAGAUGCAUCAGUUUGUCCACACCGGAGUUAAGAAGUUUCAAUGCAAGCAAUGUCCGAAAAGUUUCCUCUCCAAGUUUACCUUAGAUCAACACGAGGCGGCGCACACCAAUACAACGCCGUUUCCAUGCGAAAUAUGUGGCAAAAUAUUUAUGCGCCAACGAAGUCUUAAGCAGCACCUAUUGAAGCAUACCGAUUUUACCAUGAACUUUGAAUGCGGACACUGCAGCAAAAAAUUCAAAUAUCGUGCAGAGCUAGUGAGGCACGAAAAAACGCAUAAAAAAGCUACGACCACUGCUGGAGCAAACAUAGAAAAUAUUGAUUCGGUAAUCGUAAAGCAAGAAACAGAACAGAAUUGAUUUAAAAUAUGUUACUCAUUACGAUUACUCGUAAAUGUUGCCC